AUGGCUGGAACUAACAACAACAAAGAUAAAGAUAACAAUUUGAAUCCAUACAAAGACCCUCUUUUUCUUGCUGUAAAUGAAAAUGCAGCAACCCCAUUGGGAGGAAUAAUCUUUGAUGGAGGAAAUUUUCUCAACUGGAACAGAAGCAUUAGGAUAGCACUUGGUGCUAAGAACAAGUUAGGAUUUCUUGAAGGAAAACACAAGAAACCUACCACUGGAGCUGAUGAAAUCCAGAAAUGGACAAGAUGUGAUUUUAUGGUGAGAUCAUGGAUUCUUAACACCAUUAAACCUGAAAUUGCAAGUAGUCUUGUUAGUAUGCAGUCUACUAGCAGAUUGUGGGAAGAAAUAGUUGAGAGGUAUGGUCAAACCAACGCUCCUCAACUAUAUCAACUCAAGAAAGAAUUAUGGGAUCUUAAACAAGAUAACUUGAGUGUGAGUGACUACUAUUGUAGGCUCAAAGAGCUAUGGGAGCAGAUAGCUGAGUUGGAAGAUGUCCCACAAUGCAGCUGUGGAGCCAUGGGGAAUGUACUUGUGAUUUGCACACCAAGAUCUCACAGAGAGAUUCUGAUAACAAGCUCAUGA